AUGCUGCAUGAAUAAUAUAUUUAUUGUUCAGAUGAAAUAGAUUAGACUGUGCUGUGUGUUCAGAGUGCAAUAGCACAUAGAUAUCUGAGCAUCAUGAGCAUAGUGUAGUGAACACAACAGACUGUGAUCUCUAACAGAACAUUCAUCAUGCUGGUGUCUAGUUUGUCAUUUAGUGUUGUACAGACACACAAAUCUGACCUACACUCUAAAAAAUAAAACGCUGGCUCAACUUAAAAAAAUUAAGGUAACAAUUUGCAUGCAUCUUUUUAAGUAGCUUAAACCCAAUCAUUAUUAAGUAGAUAUCAUGAACCUUUUAUAGUUAGACUAACCCAAUGUGUUUAGUACAACCAACUUGAUUUGACAAGCUCUAAGAGCUUAAUUAAGUUGAAACAAGUUUUGGUGACAUUAAGUGGUCAAAUUACAUAAUUUCAGCUAUUCUAACUUUUUUUUUUAUUCCAUUCUACUUAGAUAUGUCCAUGAAAAUUGUUACCUUAAUUUUUUUUUUAAAGUAACUUAUUUCACUUCAGUCAGGAGAAAUAACACAGCAAUUCCAGUUUUAUGAUGAAACUGGUUCAUUAAAAAACCAAUGUCAACUUAUUUACAAAAAGGUUUUAACAAUGCUUUGACAAAAAGAUAAUUAUUCAGGACUAAAGUAUUUUGCAAGUAAAGUCAAGUAAAGAAUCAAGUAUUUUUCUUAGUAACCUGGUAGGUACAUAUCAGAAAAGAAUUAAUUAAAAUAAUAAUAAUAAAUCACAGGGAACGUGAAAAAUGAAUUACAACAACAGACACAAUUGCUAGAUUAUUGGGUCCACCGAGCUGAAACUAAAAGUUUUCUUCCUUUUUUUAAAUAAUAUUGCAAAGUAUUGAAUUUUACCUUCAUCACAUAAACUACAGCCCCCAUAAAGUCUCAAACAAAUACAACACGGUAACCUUCAUGUAAAAAAUUGUCAAUAUUACAACUGCUGUUCGUGUAUGCACAACAAAACUUUUACAUGAAACAUUUCAGGAAUACAACAGUUUAUUGUUUAAAGACAUUACCUUCGGGCUAUCUUUCAGACCAUCCAGCUCAAGAAUUUUUUUCUGAAACACCUCAGAAGUAUUUUUUAGGUCCUUUGUGUAGCUGAGGUUGAGAGCAUAUAUCAGCCCCAUUAGCAGGGCACAGGCUCUGGAUGCAUUCAGGUCUUGCAGGACUUGCUUUCCCUCAAUAAUAAUACUGGCGUUGGCUGGGUCAAAAUCUGUGGCACCUCAUCAUCCUAAGUAAAUCAAUGUCAGUGUUUUAAGUCAUAUUUAAAAAUGAGUAAUACAAAGUACAAUGUAUUUGAGUGUAAGUGUCUGAUUUACAUACCAAGUGCUCUUUAGAGAGAUCUUCCUCCUUUUCUCCAAGAUAUACUAUUAAGGAAUGUAUAGCAGUCUCUGUCCUCCUUUCCACAGAAGCAUCCUGUAAAGAAACAGGACAUUAAUGGACACAGGGGUUAAAUCUUAGGAGUUCAAAUUUACUACACAUGAAAAAUUGCAAACUUAAGAAAUGUGUCAGCUGCCUAACCAUAUAAUAAACAUAAUGCAGCAGAUUGUAUAUGAAAGAAAAUAAAAACUCAAAUGUUUUAAUGGCAAAUUUACAAAAAGCUCAAGGUUUACAAGGUUACAGAAUGGAUCAACUGCGAAAACGUAAGCGUCAGCAAAGCAGAUAAAAAUGGCGCGCACACACAUUGUCAUGUUAGGUAUUGUGCUUAAAUGAACUUGCUUAUUAUUUAACUAUUUAACUUGUUACAGGUUUAUGUAUGUAUUUAUGUAUUUAUGUAUGUAUUAGGGGUGGCACGGUACAUGAAAAAACACCCGAACUGUUCGGUUCGCUUGUCUCGGUUCGGUUCGUUUGUGCGUCGCACGGUUCGACGCAUGCACAAUGUAGCCCUGUGCUCAGUUUCGCCUCAGACAGUUUCGCGCGAACAUACAUAUAGUGCUGCAGAAAUCGCACGUGGAGGAGAUAAUGAAGGCUGCCCGGAGUUGGCAGAUGCGCCCGCGUCGUUCAAAUCCGGUGUGUGGGAACAUUUUGGAUUUCAUGUUACCUACGAUGACAACGGAAAUAAAACAGUAGAUAGAUGUAUUAGAACUGCGACUGUGUGCAAGCAUUGUGCAAAAUGCAUUCAAUAUGCUAAUGGAAACACUUCUAAUAUGACACUUCAUUUAAGAAGACAUCACGCCAAUGUGUUGAUAAGCACAAACAGGAGAGAGCCGGUUAGGAAACAACCUCUACUGUCCGCAGCAUUUAAGCAACCUCUCAGUGAUAAGUCGGACAGGGCAAUAGAUAUGCAACCGUGCAGUGUGAUUGAGAGUAAAGGAUUUCAUCAGCUGAUGAAUGUACUCGAGCUGCGGUUUAAUAUUCCCUCUCGCCGACACUUCGGCACGACUGAAAGUUUCCUCACGGUGACCGCUCACUAUAUUACUUCGGAGUGGGAAAUGAGAAGCUGUGUUUUGCAAACACACCCCAUUUAUGAAAGUCAUACCAGUGAGCAUCUCUCUGAAAUGCUGACUGACGCGGUGGCAGAAUGGAAAUUGGAGAGGGUAAAUAGCAUAAUUCCUGUUACUACAGAUAAUGCUAAAAAUAUAGUGAAUGCUACCGAUUUAGCAGCGGGACUUGGGCCACAGAUCGGGUGCUUCGCACACACAGUUAACCUUGCAGUCAAGAGUGCAAUCUCACUAAACCAAGUAUCCCGACUCUUGGAGAAGGUUAGGAAGGUGGUUAGCUUCUUUCACCGAAGCACAACAGCUGCCCAUGCCCUGAAAACCAAGCAGGAUAUGCUGGAAUUGCCUGUUCACAAACUAAUUCACGACGUAACAACUCAUUCGAACUCCAGAUACGACAUGUUACAAUGUUAUGUGGAGCAACAGGCUGCCAUCUACUCUGCCAUAAUGGACAAGGAUAUGAAGAAGAAAGUCAAUGACAUUGCAUUGUUAACUGAAAGUGAGACAAAACUGGCAGAGGGUCUCAUUAAUAUUCUCAAACCUCUGAAGAAUGUAAUCACCCUCAUGAGCACCAAAACAUCCCCCUCAGUUUCAACGAUUAUCCCACAGCAGAAGAUGAUACAGAAAUCCAUGACAUCAAGUGCAGAGGACAGUACCACCAUCAAAGAAGCUAAGGCAGCCAUCACUAAAGACCUUAAAGGCAGAUUGUCAUGAACACAAAACAGAGCGGACCCAAACGCAGGAUAGCAUAAAUCAAAACAGGGUUAAUAACUGAAAACAUGAAACAGGACGCAGACUAAGGACAGGACAAACCACAGUAGAUGCCGCGCUGCCCAAAGCAACGCGGCACAGUUAAAUACACAAAACAAUGAGAACAAUAAGGAUCAGGUGUGAUGACAGGGAGGAGCAGACGAAGGCGGUGCAGACACGUGACGAGAAACAUAAACAAGUGCACGUGGCCAGAGUCCGGGCAGAGUCCUUACACAGAUACAAUGACCCUGGUGUUCAGGAUUAUCUGCACAGAGCCACAGCACUUGAUCCAAGAUUCAAGUCCCUGCCUUACCUGGAAGAAGCCUGUGUUCAAUCUACGAUGAUCUAACCACGGACAUUGCGGACAUUGAAAAGCAGGGUCAAAGCAGUGAAGCCCAAGCGGCCAGUUCAUCCUCAGGAGCGGAGCCAGGGCCAUCAGAGACCUCUCCUCCCAAGAAAAAAUCUUCCGUGGCAAUGUUUUACUUUACGGAAGAUGCGCACGGAGGUUGAGGAAGGAGUAAACAGGCGUAGGAGUUAGGAGGAAUUACAGUUUCACUUACGUUCACUUACUCGCACUCUUAAUGCUACUUUACACUUAAAUGGAACUUAACUUCACUAAAAUUAACAAACUUAACUGAAAUUCUCUUAACUUAACUGAACUUAAUUGCUUCAAUUUCUGUUUUCUUUACAUUAAUUUUGCUUAAUUUUCUUCAUCGCUUUUCCCUUCACUUGUUUUUGCUUUUUUUGUCACUCUUUCCUCACUAACAUCUGCCGGUCGUUUUAAUAAAAACCUGUCUGGUCGGCAUAUCAGAUGCGGUGUAGUCGCACAAGUUAAAUUUGUUUAACGGAUCCAACGGUCAAAAUGGAUACGAAAUUAAGGAUCCGCAGAUGGUCGGCACCUCACGCAGCGACUUUGCGACUCUCCAUAGGAAAUGAAUGACUUCCUGUUUAUCGGCCGUCGUUUGUCGUGUGCAGUGGAAAGGCGGCUUUAACCGAGUGAGACGCGGGAAGCUGAGGCGGGGGAAACAGAGCACACGUGGUUGUUGGGGAUCUUUGUUUCGGCGGUGGCGGCUCGGAUGCUCGUAUCUCAAAAAUUUGUUCGUAUUUCACGGCAAAAAUUUGGUCGAAUCACAGCUCGUAUCUCAAAAAAUUUGUAUGUCAAAGCACUCGUUUCUCGAGGCAUCAUUGUACUGCACUUUAAUUUCAAGUGAAAGAAAUGAAUCCUCACUCUCAGGGAAUAGAAGCAUUGUUUAUACUGUUUUUGUGUUAAGGUGGUUAAACUUAUGUUUGACUUUGUGAUUAUGGCCAUUGCUAUUGUUAUAGCCUCAUUAUAUUAUGGUAUUACAUUAUAUUAUAUAUUUAUGUUUAAAAUAUAUUGACUUGUUUAAAAGACAGAGCUUGUAAGAGUUCCUCUCUUUUUUUUUUUUGUAAAAGCUACACUGAAGUUGGCAGUUUGAUAAAUGCAAGUUAAUCUCAGUCUUUGUGUGCUAAAAAUGCACAAGUUCCUAUAGAGAUAACAAUACACAUUCUCCUUUUUUUUCCAAAUAAAGAAAAGCAUGUCAUCAUCAUGUCUUCUCUCUUGCUGUAUCAAAAUCUCACCUAGCUUUUACUCAGAGAUGGUCCCAAUAAUGUGCUUAAAGUCAAGUCAGAUUCAGUUAGUGCAUGAUUACAUUACAAAAAUGUUAAUACUGUAUCCUAAAUUGUGAAUAAUUAAGCUAAUAAGCUAUAUAUCAAAUGCUGAAGGAAAUUUCUGGAGUGUUGAAGAUUAAAAGAAAAAAUAACAACAAGAACCGUACAGAACCGAAAACCGUGACCCUAAAACCGUAAUACGAACCGAACUGUGGGUUUUGUGAACCGUGCCACCCCUAGUAUGUAUGUAUGUAUGUAUGUACGUAUGUGUAUGUAGAUAUGUAUGUAUAUAGGUAGGUAUGUAUGUAGGUAUGUAUGUAGGUAUGUAUGUAGGUAUGUAUGUAUGUAUGUAGGUAUGUAUGUAUGUAGGUAGGUAUGUAGGUAUGUAUGUAGGUAUGUAUGUAUGUAUGUGUAUGUAUGUAUGUAUGUAUGUAUGUAUGUAUGUAUGUAUAGGUAUGUAUGUAUGUAUGUGUAUGUAUGUAUGUAUGUAUGUAUGUAUGUGUAUGUAUGUAUGUAUGUAUGUAUGUAUAGGUAUGUAUGUAUAGGUAUGUAUGUAUGUGUAUGUAGGUAUGUAUGUAGGUAGGUAUGUACUGUAUGUAUGUAUGUGUAUGUAGGUAUGUAUGUAUGUAUGUAGGUAGGUAUGUAUGUAUGUAUGUAGGUAGGUAGGUAUGUAUGUAUGUAUGUGUAUGUAGGUAUGUAUGUAUGUAUGUGUGUAUGUGUAUGUAUGUAUGUAGGUAUGUAUGUGUGUGUGUGUUAAUCAACCCAGUGUAAACUUUAAAUUCAGAUGACACUAAACAUGUUCGAUGUCAAUUAACAUCAUUCAGCUGCCACUGUAAAACAAAACAUAAAGUCUAUUUUGAAAACACUAGCUAGCUAAACGUCUGUUAAUUUUAGAAUCGAUGAAUUAGCUUAGGUCAAACUGUCUUUUCAGUUUAGUGUGUGACAACAACGAUUUACUUAAGUAAAGUUGGCUGCAUAUUCAUUUUGUUUCAUAUUUAGGUUUAUAUGUAUUUUGUCCACCACGGAGGAAAGCUGAUUUUGAGGAAAACGCGGUUGUAGCUGCCUGUUAUGAAUGAAGCACCUGCCUUGUCUCCUGACCGCCACCAGAGGGAACCUUCACCGGAGUUCUAACGACUCCCGAACUACAUCUCCCACAAGCCACCGCUCCUGUCAUUACCACCACCAGCUGAUCCCAAUCACAGGCGUUCUAUAAAACAGGAUCUUGAACUUCCCUUCUCUGCGAAGUCUCGAUUUGCCUCUGCUAUCGGUCUGAGCGUUUGUCUGUCAGUGUAUUCAUGGUUUUGACUCUGUUUUGGUUUUUGCUCCCAUUUGUUACUGUCUGCCGCCUGCCCCGACCUUCUGCCUGUAUUACCGUUUCUGAUUUCUGCCUCACCUUUGAUAUUGUGACUGCCGAUUCUGACCUACGCCUGUCUGUACCUCGAGCUUGUAUUAAAAGCGUGCACAUGGAUCCUCAGUCUCAUGACUUGUCAUUACAGAAGACUUCGCCGCCACAUGAUCCAGCCGCUGCCUCACAGCUCGUCUCUCAAGUUCAGCCAGUCAGCGACCACUCCCGACAGCUGGCUCACCUCGCGUCGCUCACGGGAGAACUUGUCACAGCCCUGCAGCACCUGCAAAGUAUCCCCACAACCGCCAGCAUGAUCCCCGCGGCCACUAAUCCACGGCUCGCCUUCCCGGAAAAAUUCGACGGUGACCCGGCGAGAAGCAGGGGUUUCCUUAUGCAGUGUUCGCUGUUUGUGACACAACAACCGGCUAUUUAUCCUACCGACGCCAGCCGUAUAGCCCUGGUUUGCACCCUGCUUACCGGAAGGGCUCUGGAGUGGGCCACCGCCGUAUGGAGAGAGGAUGGAUCAGCGUUCUCUUCCUUCAGCCACUUCCUCGCCCAGUUCCGCAGCGUAUUUGAUCACAUCGCUGGAGGAGAGAGCGCAGAGGAGCGUCUCCUGAAUAUUUCCCAGGGGAGUCACAGCGCAGCGGAGUAUGCUUUAACGUUCCGCACACUCUCCGUUCAGACAAAUUGGGGGGAGAGACCUCUCAAGCA